GCUCCUGGAGCCUUGAGGGAGUCAGCUGGGCCCCCUCUUCCUUCCACACGCUGCUUGUAUCCCAGAGUCAUGCUCAGGGCUGGAAAGGCCCACUACGAAGCCCUGCCCCUUCUCUCCCUGCUCCGACCCCUGUGCUGCAGCUGGUCCAGCAGAUAGCCAAUGAAUGUCAGGCUUAGGGAGACGUUCUUCUCCUUUGGGCCAUAACUGGGAACAAGACUUGGGCAGAUGGUCCAGGAGCACUUCACAAGGCCUCGUAGAAACUACCUGUUACCUAGGCCGCCUUCCCUGCCUGACCAUGAGCUCAUUCAAAGUGUCUGUCUCAGCCUCCACUCCCCUUUGAUGAACUCUCCACACGCUCGGAAUAUGUGAUGUCACUGAAGGCAUAAAUGGGUGAGGGCGGGUGGAUAGGAGAGGCCACCAAGGUGUCCCCGCCCUGUGCACACUGUCUUCUGAGUCAGACCCAGCCCUGACCCUGGGACUCUCUCCGGCACCUGUUGGAAGACCCCUGACGUCGGGUUCGACAAGCCUCAAGUUCAGAUCCAGCCCUGCUGUGUGUCCCUGAGCUGGUCACAGACCCUUUCUGAGCCUCUGUUUCCUUUUCCACGAACUGGGAACCUUGUCCUCCUGUGCGGCCAGAGUGGUGAGGGGCGAUGCUGGUGGCCGUGGACACCAGCCAGGGGGCUGGCCCGAGUGUUGCCAGCGACAAGGAUAGGGACCUGCAGGGGCUGUUGCAGGAACUCGGCCAGCUCCAGGCAAAGCAGAGGAAGCUGAAGAGAGAGGUCGAGAAGCACAAGCUUUUUGAAGACUAUCUGAUUAAGGUCCUUGAGAUAAUCCCUAAGGGCCACAAUGAAGGGGAGGAGCGAGAGGGGCCAGAUGAGGCCCUGGUGGGGGCCAUGGUGGAGCACUAUGGGCAGCUCUUCACAAUCAGCCAGGACAUCCAGGAGCAUCUGGAAGCCUUCUCCAAGAUGAGCCAGGUCUUCCACCAGAGGCUGGAGUCUCUAGAGGAGAGCCACAGGGCUCUUAUCCCGAGCCUCAAGAUUCGGCUGUGUCAGCUGCAGAAGCGGUGUCAUCAUGAGUGGAAGCUGUGUGGGUUGGGACACCAUGUCACCUCCCAGAAGGACAUGGACAGCUAUAAUAACCAGCUGCUCAAUGACCUGCAAAGGAUCAUCAACAACAUGGUCCGGCAGUGCUCCUCCUCCGCCCACCACUCCGCCUCCGCCCACCGCGCACCGGAGAGCAUGGGCCUCUUCUCGAAGCUCGACCUGAUUCAGGAAUUUAUGUUGGACAAAAUGGAGACAGUGAAAUUUAUCUCACUGCUCAUGGAACCCAGAGUAUGCUGGUCAGGGGACCGUCUCAAGAACCCCAGAAGAUACCGCAGCUCCUUCAGGAAAUGCCCAAGGGAUCAAGAUUCGGUCCCAAGAACUCCCCUUCCAGGCACCCAGACUUUGGAGUGCUCCAGCUUGAGCUGAGCCAGCCAGCAGCCACACACGCCCCACCAGCAUCAAGACCAUCUUCCUUCCUGUCCAGCCUCUUUUUCUCACCACAGCGCCCCCGCCAACGGGGUGGGAGGGAGUCUGGGGGUGGGGGACACUGUUCCCCAUCCUGGGGGAUUAGCAGGCGUGGAGGCUGGGACUGGGGAAAAGAGAAGCGGGUUCCUGGGUUGCAAGCGGCGGUCAGGUGGGAGGUCCCGGGUUGGAGGCCGCAUGCUCACAGCCAGCAGCGGUUUUGUCUGAGAAGAACUUGGGAUAGAUGUCUAGCUUUUAGGAACAUCCAAAUCACAGGAACUCUCCUACAGAGCCACCCAGGGCUAUAGGAGGCAUGGGAGUUCACCUCUUCCACAGCUGAUUGGGGAGCAUGGCAGACUGGGGAGCACAGCAGACUGGGGCUACUGGGUUUGUCUCUUGGAGGCAUCUCGUCACUGGUUCUCAGAAGCUGGAUACCGAGUCAGACCUCCCGCCUUCCCGAGGGUCCCAGAGCUGCCUGGAACGAAUGCUGCUCCCAGAGACACCUUGGCCAGGCAAAGCCUCUCUCCAGGCUGCUUUGCCACCUGUAAGAUUGGGUGAGAGUGUGUCUAAGGGAGACCCCUCCCCAGUCUGACAUUCUUAGACCAGGGCCGGGACAGCUUGGUCUACCUGGAAGGCCCUGGUUUGGUUUUUUUUGUGUCACGGCGUGGAAUCCUCCUAGCAACCCUACAGCCCUGGAAAGAAUUCACCUCCGGAGGUCUGCAUCAGUCUAUCGGUUUGGGUAAAAGUUGACGGUCAAGAGCAACCUGCGAGCUGCGAACAGUGGUCCGCAAACUAACUCUCAGAGUUUCAGAAAAGAUGCUGCUGUGCGGUCAACAAACACCGAGGGUCGCUGUUUUCCAGCGGGGACAGGAGAGGGGACAGGAGGCUCUGAGGGAGGGAAGGUUGGGAGUGUGAGAAGGAUUUGGCUGCGGAAUCAGUGAAAGAAAUUCCGUACCCUCGUACCCUCUGGCUGAGUGUGGUCACGUCCCUACAAGCAGUUUAAACAAAGAAGAAACGAGGCGGGAGCAUGCUUUUGGUCGGGCUUUGGUUGGGUUUGAGAAGGCCACGGUCAUGGGAGGGCUCAGAAGCAGAAGGGAACACGAGGGGAGGAGCUUUCAGUUCUGGUGAGAACAUGGACUGCAGGACCCUCAUGGGUCCACAGGCCGGGCUAUGAGGUUUGGACUUGGGUCCGGAGGCCACACAUAGGGAUGUCCCAGUCCUCCUGGGUGGCUAUCCCAGGAGCCCAGACUGGGGCCUUAAAACAACAGACAUUUAUUUCUCACACUUGGGGAGACCGACGGUCUGGUGAGCGUCUGCUUCCGGUUCAUAGACAGCCGUCUUCUCCUUGUGCCCUCACGGGGUGGGCGACACAGCUCUGUGGGCUCAUUCUUAUCAGGACACUAAUCCCACUCAUGGAGGAUCUGCCCUCGUGACCUCCUCCCCUCCCCGAGGCCUCUCCUCCUAAGACACUGGGGGUUAGGAUUUUACCAUGUGAAUCUGGGGUGGGCGGACUCAUUCCAUCCCUUCCAAGGAGCCUCUCACAUUCUUAAUGUUUCUCAGUUCUUCUUGCCAUGACAUCGGCUUUCCGGAGAGAUCUAAAGUGACCCAUCACUCUCCCUGUAUUGUGGACACACACCAGCCCAGUGAUUCUUAGAUUCGAACAUCCUCAAAAAGGCUUGUGAAAACAGAGUGUGGCCGCCCAGAGCUUCUGAUGGCACAAUCUGGGGUCUUAGAGGCCUUAGAAUUUGCGUCUCUAAUAUGUCCCCAAGAGAGGCGGAUGCCGCAGGGCCCAGGGCCACCGUUUGGGAACCGCUGCUUUAGAAUAAUGGCAAAUUCUCAAUGCCUAGCCUGGCUCUGCUCCUCUUGGAGCACCAGCUCCCCCUGGCCGGACUUCAGUGUCCCCUCAGCAUGAUGGGGCUGCGUGACAGUCCCUACCCUGUCUAACCUCCUGGUAGGGACUGGACAUACACCCUUCUAUAUGCCCAGGGCAUGGUUCUCUGGCUUCCUGGCUUUGCCUGUGAGGGCCCAUGGGGGGAGGGGGCUCUUGUCCGCCUGUCCCCUGCCAUUUGGAUGCUGAACACCGGCCGUGCAUUUGUAGGUCUGCUCCUGGUGUUCUGUCACACUCCUCAGGGAGGACGACGAUCAGAACAUAUGCCUGGGGUGUCAGGGGCCUGGGCAUCAGUCUGCAUUUGCAACGGGCAGCCCAAUGUUUUAGGAGCUCCCAGCCUUCCCCAUGAGGGGCUUGGGUCACGAAAUCAACAGAAGGGGCGCUGGGCUCAGUGGUGCUUCUGCAGGCAUGUCCCGCAACACCGGGGUUCGUGCUUUCUGGGCUUUCAUGUUCAACAGCUGUCUCAGCCCCAACCUCAUACAUUUUCAAAUGCUUUCUCUUGGGUCCCCUGUUAGCUGCAAAGAGAACUUCAAGUGCAUUUGGAUAAAAAAGCAGGGGUUUGAGUUCCUUAUGAAAUGUCACUUCAUCUGACUGCCCGUUUAGACCCUGAGACCCCAAGACACCAGGUGGCCCAGGGCUUGGGCACUCUGUGAGACCGUGAGCUCAUUAUCUGCCAACGGACUUCAGCUUUAAGUAACUCCCAGUGUGAGAAAAUCCUUCCUACAGACCAUCCUGGGAAAGUUGUGUUAUUGACAAGUGGCUGGUGCUGAAGAAAUUGGCUGUGUGAUAGGAAAAUAAAAUUAUGUCCUCUUUUUAGAUCAUAUACAGUAGGACAUUCCAGUUCCAUUGGGUGGUUGCUUUCCAACUUCCAUGUUCCUUAAAACCACCACGACACUUGCUAACCAUGGAGAUACCUAGAGCCUGUUUUCAGAGAUGCUUAUUCUGGGUGGGGGGCCCAGGAAUCUGCAUUCUUAGUAAGAACUGGGGCAGUUGCAAUGAGAGGGCUCUCCCACGUCAGGGUAAGAAAUACUGGGUGUGUAAAUGCCAAAAAAAAAAAAAAAAGAAAAUCUGGUCUGUGUUGACCAGUUCAGUCAGGAAGCACGAAAGCCACAGAAGGGAAACCUGAAAAUAAUCUGACUGCAUAAAAAUUUAAAAUGUGGGGCGCCUGGGUGGCUCAGUGGGUUGAGCCUCUGCCUUCGGCCCAGGUUAUGAUCUCG